GCACCCCGAAGGCUACCAGAGUGCUUUACUGCCACCCCAAGCACCCCGGGGCCAUGACAUAUUUUCAAGACACCUGGAAGGGCCUAGAGGGCUUGAUCUGGGAGGGAGGUGAUCAAAAAGAAUGAGCACGGUUCAGUAAGGCGGUGGUAGGAUGCAUUCUUCCGCUGGGAAUCCGCCUGGCAGCCUGUCACCUUCUCUCCUCAGAGGUCUGCGGGGGCGCUGGCCUCCGGGGUAGGGAGUACCGGGUGUAUGUGCGAGUGUUCACCUGUGACUGGAAGCGGUUUCUCAUGAGUUCCUGGAAUCCUCUAGAAGUGUUUUCUGGUGAUUGAGAAAGCUGCUGACUUGCGGCUAACUUCAGGGAGUCUGUUCCUAGAGGACAAAUGCCAGUCCGAUGGUGGGUCUGCGCGUCUCUCCUGCUCAUUAGCGCAAAGUGAAGCCAUCUCUCCUCCCUCACGCAGCACAGAUCAAAAGGGCCAAGGCCCGGGGACCCUGAGGCUUGGAGGACUGAGGCCCUUAAAAUGACCCCCAGUGUUCCGAUCCUAAGGCCCAAGUUGUUCCCGUGCCCAUGCAGGGUCGAGAUGGAAAAUCUAGGUGGGAACCGGAGACCAGAAUAACCACCCCACACCCCUUGCUGGUUGAAAUCCCAACCUCGGCGCGCUGGACCUACCAACCAGAUAUCUCACUGCUGACCCAGUCUGGAAUCCGGAUUGGAGGCCGCCCGGCGGGGUGGGAGGGCUGGUGAGCGAACUGGGUUGGGACACGAUGGAGGUGGAGAUGGAAAGAGGGAAGAAAAAGAAAGGAGGCUGAGGAGGGAUGUGGAGACGGAUGAGGAUGCGCUGGAGGUGGAGUUGGGGCUGCCUCGGGGAGCGCCGACUUCUCACCCUGCUAUGGAGAGGUGCAUCCGGCUGCUCGCUCCCCCCAACCCCCGGGAAAAUAAAGCUAAUGAUGUAGUAAUUUAGGAGGAGGUGGGGGCUGGGUAAAAGGAGGGAGGGGAGAACUCCGCGCGCCCCAAGAGCGAAAGCAAACAGCUAGCUGUGGAGGCGCUGCCCGCAGCUCAAGCUUCCCAACAGGUUAGCUAGACGGGGAUCCACCUGGUAUUUCGAAGGAAGGGGGGGCAGAGGAGGAGAGAAUCGUACUAGGAGACAGAGGGAGGGCGGGAAAGCGAGAUAGGAGCCAGAGAGCGCGCCGCGCGGUUUAAAAGAGGAGACUUACACUUCCUAAUGAAUAUUUAUCCGCCGCUGCUUCUUGCUCCCGGCUUCCCUUACCUUUCCGCAGGUCAGUCCAUGGUAUUCCGCUCCCCCCUAGACCUCUAUUCCUCCCACUUCUUGUUGCCAAACUUCGCCGAUUCUCACCACUGCUCCCUACUUCUGGCGAGCGGAGGCGGCGGCGGGAACCGCGCGGGAGGCGGCGGCGGCGGCGGCUCCAGGGCCCCCCCGGAAGAGUUGUCCAUGUUCCAGCUGCCCACCCUCAACUUCUCGCCGGAGCAGGUGGCCAGCGUCUGCGAGACGCUGGAGGAGACGGGCGACAUCGAGCGGCUGGGCCGCUUCCUCUGGUCGCUGCCCGUGGCCCCCGGGGCGUGCGAGGCCAUCAACAAGCACGAGUCGAUCCUGCGUGCGCGCGCCGUGGUCGCUUUCCACACGGGCAACUUCCGCGACCUGUACCACAUCCUGGAGAACCACAAGUUCACCAAGGAAUCGCACGGCAAACUGCAGGCCAUGUGGCUCGAGGCGCACUACCAGGAGGCCGAGAAGCUGCGCGGUCGCCCACUCGGCCCGGUGGACAAGUACCGCGUGCGCAAGAAGUUCCCGCUGCCGCGCACCAUCUGGGACGGCGAGCAGAAGACGCAUUGCUUCAAGGAGCGGACUCGGAGCCUGCUGCGGGAGUGGUACCUGCAGGACCCCUACCCCAACCCCAGCAAGAAACGCGAACUGGCGCAGGCCACCGGCCUCACUCCCACACAAGUAGGCAACUGGUUUAAGAACCGGCGGCAGCGCGACCGCGCCGCAGCGGCCAAGAACAGGCUCCAGCACCAGGCCAUCGGACCAAGCGGCAUGCGCUCGCUGGCCGAGCCCGGCUGCCCCACGCACGGCUCGGCCGAGUCGCCGUCCACGGCGGCCAGCCCGACCACCAGCGUGUCCAGCCUGACGGAGCGCGCGGACACCGGCACCUCCAUCCUCUCGGUAACCUCCAGCGACUCGGAAUGUGAUGUAUGAUAGCCAAGGCCGCCCUCCUUCCCCUUCUGCCCUCCUCCCCCGCCUCCUUCCCCUCCUCCUUCCCCUCCUUCUCUUCCUCCUCUUCCUCCUCAGCCCCAGAACAAACCGAAAUCAGGAUACACAACCAUACACACACACAACUCCACACACACACAGUCACUCCAGCCAAAAAUAUUUAAAAACCAAGAAAAAUAAGAAUUUAACCGCAAACCAUCAACAACCCCAAACACCAUCUACUACCACGGCCACCCCAAAGGACUGGGACACCGACAGUCACAAGCGCUGAUACUGCGGGCAGAAAACAUAAGAGAGGCGACAACUGUAUACUUUCUAGGACAAGCACGGCUUCUCCUUUUGGUUCCCAUGGACCCAGCACCCCACCUGCAUGACGAUUUAUUUGUAUCUGGGAAAAUAUUCUCUCUAGUUUAAAUGAUUUAAAAGAGUCGACUACACAAAAACCACCACCACGAGACGACGAACGCGAACCAGACAAAAAGGAAAAAAAAAAAAAUCUGCCAUCUCCAUUCUGAAUUUGUUUUUAAAGGAAACAGAA